AAUUCUACAAUUCACUAUCUGUAUAUUUGGAAUAUUUUAUUUUAUGAUACCGGUUUUCAAUCUCAUCGAUUAUAUUGAUUGUCUUAGUGUAAUGUGUAUCAAAUAAAUAAAAAUUAAUACUCACCAAAAAUUAAAUAUUAAAAUUUAUUAUUGAAUGCUUAGAUUCAAACGAGUAAUUUUAAAAUUAAAGUAGCAGAUUUGGUCGAAUUAUUGUUAACAACUUAUGUACGUCAAGUAAAACAUGUCGAAAGUACUUGAAAAGAAAACUCCAUUUCAAAAUUCUAUUUGGGAUAUAUUAAAAAAAGCGACUACAAAAAACUCAGAAUGGCCUGACAAAGAUGAAUUUCUAGAUGUAAUAUAUUGGGCAAGGCAAAUUAUUGGACUCAUUGCUGGUCUAUUAUGGGGCCUAUUACCACUUAAAGGGCUAUUUGGAUUAGGAUUAUUUUUAGUGCUCAAUGCUGUUAUAUUAUAUGCAUAUUUUACCAAUUUCCAACAAAUUGAUGAAGAAGAAUUUGGCGGAGCUUGGGAGUUAACAAAAGAAGGAUUUGUUACUUCAUUAGCCGGAUUUUUGGUAAUGUGGAUAAUUGUGUAUUCAGGAAUGCAUUUUGAUUAGAUACAAAAACAAAUUUUCAUAGUAAAAAGUUGUGUAAUUUUUUUAUUACAAUGAAUUAAAUUAUAACUUUUUGUACAAAAUGUGUUUUCUACCUACAAAUUUAUGAAUUAUAAUAAAAACAUGAAGACUAUG